CGAUCAUUCCAAGAUGACACAAGAACCGACAUCCGAACCUCUUGAGCUCGAUCCUCCAAACUCAAACGGACAUGGGAAAUCGCCUGCCACAGGGAGCGAUGAGGAUGGCGCUCUGCUCUAUCUAGGCGAUCGACCGGUGUACAGCUGUGCGACGUGCUCAACACACUUGGCCCUUCAAGAUGAGCUGAUUAGCAAGGCGUUCUCGGGUAGGGAAGGCGUAGCUUUCCUGUUUCACACUGCAAUCAAUGUCAAACAAGGGAAGAAAGAGGAGAGAAUGCUCUUAACUGGCAUGCACACCGUUGCGGACAUAACAUGCAUGGGAUGCGGUACGAGUGUAGGAUGGACAUACUUGAAGGCAUAUGAGACGUCUCAGAAAUACAAGGAGGUCCGCCUGAGUUGUCGCAGGUUCUGCCAUUGCUGA